GAGUCAUAAGCGUAAGGUAAAGUGAUAGCCAAUGAAAAUUUUGAGAUCGAUCUGUAUAACUUUCUCAUUUCAAUUAUUUACUUAUUCAAUUUGUGUAUCUUUUAAAUCGUCUAUUGAAAUAUAAUCUUGUGUAAGAGAUUCUUAUACGAAAAUCAUAUCGACCAUAAAAUCAAGCCUAAUAACGUUUUGAUUCAGAUCAAAUUGCUUCAACCAGAAAAAACCAUUUAGAACAAAAGAACGAACCCUAAUGAAUCGAAUAAUGUCGUUGUGAAAUUCGCACAGCGCAAAACAGUCAUCAGUUGUUUUCGGGUUGUGAGUGAAUCAGCAUAUCAAAGUGAAGGCACCAUGUGAAUUUGGUAAAUGGUGCGCCAUAAUUACGCAUAAAAAGGGAAUUGUUAGCGUGAACGUAUUGUUAGUGACAAAAAUCGAAUCGAAAUAUAAGUUCAGUGGAAAUUCGCGAGCAAAAUGUCGAAUUUGAUUUAUGAGGGUGCUGAAUUUGCAUCAUAUGCGGACUUUGAAGCGGCAUUGAAAGAAUAUUGUCGACAAAGUGCUUUGAACGGGAUCCCAUUGCAAUUCAAGAAGAAAGGUGAAAAACUCAAGCCAGGCACUUUCAAAGGUGAAACGCUCGACGCAGCCACAAUUGCCAGAUUCGAGUACAAAAAACAAGCACUGGUUUGCGCACACCGCAAGAGCAACAGCGGCGAUGGAAAUGAAGUGAACUGUCAUGGCCGCAUCACAUUUCGUUUUGAUAAAGCGAAAAAACUGAUUCUCGUGUCAUCGUUCCACGGUGUACACACAAAACAUCCCAAUGAAAGUAUUGCCACGAAAUUGCUGAGCCCGAAUCAGGAUACACCGCGAGCAAACGAGGAAAAAGUGAUUUUCGAUUUGAUCAAAAAAUUGCCCGACGAGACGUUGGGUUUGGUUCAACAGACGUGCGAAACAAUUAUUCGAGAAUGGGACAAUGGCGACAAUGGCGGCGUAACCAUUGCAAUAUAUCCGAUUGAAGCAAAUCAAGCUGACCGAGCGCAAUCACUCCAAACAGAUUCCGAACCAGAUUUGCACCAAUAUUUGCUAAAUCGGUCAAUUGUCAAAAUUGAACCGCUUGAAGCUGUUGAACACGAUCCGAUUAUCAUCGAUGAUUCCUCAGAUGAUGCUUCCGAUGAUGAUGAUGACGACAUUCAUCCACAACUCAUUGUGAAUGCAGAAAUACAUGCAGCCGAGGAACCAUCCGCUGAUUGCACCGACGAAAACCCGAUGAUUGUGCCCAAAGUCAUUAAAUCUCAAGAGAAUGACAGUUCAGCCGAUAUGGCGGGAACAAACGCAUCGAUUGUGUCGUUUGCUGGAACAAAUGACUGUGAUAUCGAAAAGGAAAUAAACAACAACACAACGAUCGACUCGCACAACUCACAAACCGAACAUCAAAACUUGUUGGAACAACCCGCCCAUAAUAUGGUCACAUCGCCGUCCAAAAACUCUAUUUCUGGUAAUUCAAACCAGAACCUAUCACAGAAACAACCUACGCAAGUGAGUUUACCCGAGUCUAUGGUUCCAGAAGCUCAGUUGAAUGGUUGUGCGAAUAAUUCAUGGAUAAUGCCGCAUAACCCGAUUGUGCGACAGGUUGAUCAAGAGGCACCGACACAUUCAAAUCGUCCAAAUGACGAAAUUGAAGAGAGCGACGCAGCGGAUAACCAACAGCGCAAAAAUGGCGACGUAUUUGAAGAUGAUUAUAUUAUGCGUCAUGAUGGCAACAAUUCGCAAAAGUCAAAGGAGGAUGAACCAAAAGUUGAUUUUCAUCAACAAGAUGAACCGAAAACUACGGGCCACGAUGGUAGCGACAAUGACGACGAUGGAAGCGAUGAUCCGAUGAAUGCUGAUAAAGAAGAUAUAGUCAUCGGAUCACAAGGGACUGUCCCAGCCAACGAACCGAUACAAGAAAAUAAGACUGAUUUGAAUGACAUUUGCGAACCUGUUGAAACUGUUGAACAUGAUGAGGUUCCAAACUCCCAAAUCUCCACGAAAAAACCAAAAUUGAGCGAAUUCAUUGACUUGACUGAAGACGAUGACGAACCAACCCAAUCGAUGGCAAGUGUACAAUCGACCAAACAGCGCAAACGAAAGUUCCGACAAUACACCAAUACUUUCGCCAACCCACCACCGCAACUACCGAAUGUUCUGAAGAAAUCCAAUGAAGUGUCAAAGAAAGGUAUUUUUGGACAUUUUGUUGCAGUUUCAAUUGUUUCAUUGUGUUUUGUGGUUUUUCAUGGCCGAUUGGCUUAAUUGUAUUUUUUAGUGACAUUUUGUCCUGAAUGACCUUUUGUUUGAUUCUUCUUGGUCAUGAUUCAAAAGUGUUUACAUUUUAGGUUUGAAUGUUUAUGUUUCAAUAGUGAAUUGAGAAAAUGGAAUUUCGUUUGAUUGAUCACAUUUCACUAUUUAUUUUCAGACAAUGCCGUCGAGGAUGAACCGGAGCCAUCAUGCAAAUUAAAGAAGGAAGAAUAAGACUGCCCAUUCUUAUGCAGAAACCAACUGACGAAAUUUAUAAAUACCCAUUCAUACCAUAAUGGUACAUCAAGACUGUGCAAAUGCCUUGCACUUUGAAUAAGUAAAGCAAUCUCUUUAUGUUUAUAUCCGUACAAUUUCCAUUUGAUGUCAAAUUUAUCUACAACUUACAAAUGAAAAUGUAGCUUUAUCAAGUAAACUUGAUUCGAAUCAUUAUUUACUGUUUGUCGAAGAAAAAAAAAAUGUAACCAAACUGUUAGCAAAACUGCUUUUAAUUACUCUGAAUUGAAGAAAAUGUACGUACUAAUCGGAAUAAAAAUAUAGCUGGUGAGAAAA